AUGCCCCUUCUCGAUCACCGAACAGGACCCUCUUAUGGCACAAUCGACCAGAUGGAACAACACAGCGAUGAUGAAGGAGAACGGUUUCUCCAGGGACAGGAUGAUACUGGCGGUUUCAAUAGUGACAGAACGUCAAUUUCGGAAGAUUCGGUGCAGGAAGGCGUUAGAAAAAUCGAAGCGAUCAAUUUGACUUGGACUGUACGGUCUCUGGUCAUAGCAUAUGUCAGUAUCUUUCUCAUGUCAUUUUGCACGUCUCUAGAGGGCCAGACCGUCGCGUCACUCGGAGCAUAUGCAACGAGUGCUUUUAGCAAGCACUCCUUGAUUUCCACUGUUUUGGUUGUCCAGAAUGUGGUCAACGCUGUCAUAAAACCUCCUAUGGCGAAAGUCGCGGAUGUCUUCGGUCGCUUUGAAGCAUUCUGUGUUAGUAUUCUCAUAUACGUGCUUGGGUAUAUUCAGAUGGCCGCCUCCACCAACGUGCAAACGUAUGCGUCUGCUCAAAUCUUCUAUUCCGCCGGUUCCACGGGUCUCCAAAUACUGCAACAAGUUUUCAUUGCUGACAGCAGUAAUUUGCUGAACCGUGCCUUUCUGGCGCUGCUACCUGAAUUCCCUUUCCUUGUGACCGUCUGGAUUGGGCCGACUAUCGCAGAUGCGGUGCUGAAGCACGCCUCGUGGCGCUGGGGCUACGGGAUGUGGUCGAUUAUUCUGCCUGCCUCUUUCCUGCCCUUAGCGCUUUCCUUGCUGCUGAAUCAACGUAAGGCAAGGAGGCUGAACCUCAUUAAAUUAAAGUCUCGGCACCGCGGCGGCUUCUUUGCAGUAUUGCGCCGUACAUGGUAUGACUUGGACAUGGGCGGCUUGAUCCUAUUAUCCGCGGCGGUUACAUUGAUCUUGGUGCCUCUUACUCUUGCUGCGAACUCGAAGAAUGGCUGGAAGUCCGACAGCAUCGUUGCGAUGAUCAUAGUUGUUCAAGGUUACGACGUCGCUACUGCUGGCCGGUUUACUCAAACAUUUGCCUUCACCUCGACAAUUGCUGCCUUUACGGUCUCGAUAUUGAUCAAAUACACCCGGCGCUAUCGGAUAUUCGUCAUUGCUGGCUGCGUGAUCUAUAUUAUAGGCAUGGUGCUGAUGAUGGUAACUCGUCGCGAAGGAAGUACGCCAACGCAAGUCUUAGUGACUCAGGUGGUCGUCGGCAUUGGUGGCGGACUCCUCAAUGUCCCAGUACAGUUGGGAGUCCAAGCAUCUGCCAGUCACCAGGAAGUUGCCGCCGCCACGGCCAUGUUUCUGACGUCCAUGGAGAUGGGCGGCGCGGUUGGUGCUGCACUCUCGGGGGCAGUUUGGACGCAUAAUAUCCCACGCAAGCUUCGACUUUACCUUCCCGAAGAGAACAAAGGAGAUGCGGAUGCAAUCUUCGGCAAGAUAACGAAGGCACUCUCGUACCCUCUCGGAUCCCCCGUCAGGGUCGCUAUCAACCAAGCAUACCAGGAGACGUUCAAAAAGCUUCUGAUUCUGGCUCUCAUUGCCGUAGUACCAUUGAUACCCUUGAGCUUGGCGAUGGAGGAUUACAAACUUGAUAAGAUGACUGAGGAACCUCUGGUUGAACCAGUCCCCACUGAAGAGGAAGGAGUCGAACCGGAUAGACACGUCAAACGAACGUGA